AUGGCAAACCCAUCGAUCCGCAGAUAUCGGAGACGACUCUCCCCUGCCCCCUCGGCGGCGGUGACGGCGCUGCUCCUGGUCUCGGGGAGCUUGUUGGGCUCAUGCCCGACUUCCGCGUCAACUUCGCUCGCGGAGCCGCUGGCCCCCCUCGACACGGCCACCUUGACGAGCAACAUGCGGCAUUGGACGACGGACUACGCCGUCAUGUUCUAUGCUCCCUGGUGCCAACAUUGCAAGGAAUUGUUCAUGCCGCUUUGGGAAGAUGUUUCCAUGCAGAUGGCCGAGGAGGACCCGAGAGGGAAACGAAAGCUGGUUUUGGCCAAAUUCAACUGCGAACAGGACACAACGGCUGCAGCCUUUUGCCAGGAAAUCAAUCUGCAGUUCUACCCGACCUUCAUGUUUUUCGGGGCCGGGAAGUUCCAUGACCACGACCCGUUGUCCGGUAUGGUUUUGGGGCCCCGCCCGACGGAGCACGACUCGAGCGCAAAGUUCCCCGCUGGUGCGGUGGUGUACCACGAAGUGUUGGCGGGCUGGACCAAGACGAUGCACUUCAUCAGCGGCUACAACCGCGUCAUGGAAAGGCUCAACGUGUUCGGCGGCCGCGGCGGGAGAAAAGACAGGGCUGCUUCCGAAGAGCGGCUGUUAGCGGAGAUCGAGGCGUUGGAACGAAAGAAUCAUCAGUUGCAACAGGCGAUGACUGGCGGCGAGACACAGGAGAGCAGCUUACCCUACGGCCAUGGGGACCCCUACAACGAGCUCUGGAAGAUGCGAUAA